AUGUGCUAUGUCGUCGGACACAACAUCGACACCAACCAAAUCAUCCCCGCUGAGUACCUAACCCUGGUCCCAUCAAAACCUGAUGGAUACAAGAAGUUAGGAUCCUACACUCUCAUCGGACUCCCGGUGUCGUACGAGACUCGAUUCAUUGAGCCAGGGGAGUACCAGUCAAAAUAUUCGAUCAUCAUCUGUGGAGAUAACUUCGGUUGCGGCUCCUCACGAGAACACGCUCUGGUGGAUCUGGGGGCCACUGGAGUAGCGGCGGUGGUGGUGGAAUCAUACGCGAGGAUAUUUUUUAGGAAUUCGGUUACAACAGGAGAGGUUUACCCAUUGGAAUCAGAGGGUAGGAUUUGUGAAGAGUGUAAAACUGGAGAUACAGUGACGAUUGAGCUUGCACAAAGCCUUCUGAUUAAUCAUACAAUAGGGAAAGAGUAUAAAUUGAAGCCGAUUGGUGAUGCUAGACCUGUGAUCGAAGCUCGAAGCUGGUGGAAUCUUUGCCUAUGCUCGAAAAGCUGGGAUGAUUCCUGCUUAGAAACUUGA